AAUAUUCUUUCACACCCUAAUAUCUGAUUACGAACCCUAUUUUUUCUCGAAAUUUCAAAUUCCCAACUCCUUCAAUGGCGCCAAAGGGAGAGAAGAAGCCCGCGGAGAAGAAACCCGUAGAGGAGAAGAAGUCUACAGUAGCCGAGAAAUCUCCGGCUGAGAAGAAGCCAAAGGCCGGUAAGAAGCUACCGAAGGACGGUGGUGCCGCCGCCGUUGGAGACAAGAAGAAGAAGAGAAACAAGAAGAGCGUUGAGACAUACAAGAUCUACAUCUUUAAAGUUCUGAAGCAAGUUCACCCUGACAUUGGUAUCUCAAGCAAGGCUAUGGGAAUCAUGAACAGUUUCAUUAACGAUAUCUUCGAGAAGCUCGCGGCUGAAUCUUCCAGACUUGCAAGAUACAACAAGAAGCCAACAAUUACUUCGAGGGAAAUUCAGACUGCAGUUAGGCUUGUUCUGCCUGGAGAAUUGGCCAAGCAUGCCGUCUCUGAAGGAACUAAAGCGGUGACCAAGUUUACAAGUUCUUAAACUGGACAAUUUGUAGGGUAUUUCUGACUGUGGUUCUUGCUAUUGUUUCUCUCUCUUGGAAUUAGAUCUGAAUUAGUAUUAGUAUGUAAUUUUCUUUUAAAAAUCAAAUGAAUAUCUUUGUUUAUGAA